AUGGUGUCUCAGGGGUCCAUCAAUUACUGUCAGUACAGCUUGUGCAACUGGAAUGCAUUGCAUCGGGGAAGCUUAUCACAUGAGUCGGUUUCUUAUAUCUCAUGGAUUUCGUCCUUAUCUUCAGUCAAACAUGGCUAUGCCGACGUUGUGGUUGCUGGUGGUACAGAAUCCUGUCUCGAUCCAUGGACAUUUGCAGCCUUUUCACGAAUGCGAGCCUUAGCCACAGAUCAGGAUCUAGGUUUUCUUCCCCAUCAUAUAUCCCGGCCUUUCGAUUCUAGAAGAAAUGGUUUUGUAAUGUCUGAAGGGGCAGCUGCACUUGUCCUACAAGCGUGGCCUCCUCCUCUACAUGUGCAAUCUCGUUAUUCAUCUAUUACUGGUACGGACGUCGUAAAUCCUCUCGCUGAGAUUGUUGGCUACGGUCGCACCAGUAAGUAA